GAGUCUCUGGACAAUGCAACACAUCUUAUAUUAAGACUGCAGCCAUGCUUGAAUCCACAGACAGUUGAGGUCUCAGUUAGUGCCGUUUGUGUUAAUGAUGUGAAUGAAAUAAACCCAUGUGAAGCGGUGGUAAUUCCAAUGCAAAUGCUACGUUCUCUGUCACCUGAAUGUGCAAAACUCCGGAUUGCCUUGGCAUUCCCCUUCCUGAAUGCGGGUUCUUUUAUUCUGGUCGAUUCUCGUCGUAUGUUUGCUCAUCUAACAGCGAAAUCGCCUAUAGCACAACCACCGCCACCAUUCAUAUCUAGUUGUGUUAUUUGUGAUGUGAGUUUCUCAUCCCAGGAAGAAAGUGAAGCUCAUUUCGGAAGCGAAGACCACGAAACUGCUCAGUUUUUCUCACUUUCACAGCUGACGCGAGAUUUGGACACAACCGCGCUCAACAGUGACAAUUUCCCGCAAUUUACGGCAAAAACAGAGGUAUGCAAACUUUGCAUGGGGCAGUUUCAGGAUCGCGAAUAUCUGCUGGCACAUAUCCGAAGAGAGCAUGAAAGAGAUAGCAUUGAUUUGCUGGAUCGCACUGAUUUGUUAGCUCGGCGUCGUACUUUAGACUAG